AUGUCCUCAGAUGAGCAACAUAAUGCCAUGGAUCUACUUGCCAUUCUUUCUGGCCUGACACCUGUGGAGAUGACUGCCCUUGCAGGGGAUUUUGGAUAUACAGAUGAUGAAGAUGACUCUGAUAGAGAUAGCGACGAUGACCAGUCCCUCAUCGGGCUUUCUGCUAUAAGAAACCUGUCCUUAAGCUUGUAUCAUUAUACAGAUGAGGAACAGUUAUCAUCCUCGUCUGCAUCAUCCGCAUCUUCAUCAUCCCCUUCUUCUUCCUCCUCAUCCUCAUCCUCAUCCUCAGCCCACUCUCCCACGCAGCGCGAUGUUUCAGAAUUUGUUGACCCACCUCCUUUGCCUCUUCAGGAGGUGCCUUCAGCCCACAAUGAUGAUGAAGAUGAAGAAGAUCUCUUGCUUGCUGAGGCAGGAACAGAUCGUCUCUCUCUUUGGAUAAAUAAUCCCCUGCGGGUGGACCAAAUCUAUAGUAAUUUUGAAACACUGAACCAUCAAACAUGGGCUGAUGGCCUCUGUCUGGACCAAUGGCUCCUGCUCAAGUGGCUCCAAGAAGGACGGCCCUCACCACGGUAUAUCCCUAUAAACUACUUGCAUCCGCAUUCUCCCCUUCCUACCCAACAAGAAAUUGAUCAAUUCCGCGCGCUGUUUGGCUUGGAUCCUGGUGAGAACAACCCAUAUGAGGAUGUGAUAUCAUGUAUAUUGGUGGGUGGAAGCAGGCAGCAGAGUGGAAAUCACUACUGCGCUGUGGUUUUCCAACCUCAGGCCAAGGAAAUCCACGUACUGGGGCGUAUUAUUGGCAAGAGUUCUCAUGCAACCAAAGGGGACUGGGUGAAGUCCUUGGAUUCUGCCAAUGUUUGGACCAAGCUUGGGCUUCUCAAUGGAUGGGCAGUCCAAUCCAAUGUUGCCAUCAAGGAGGUCAACUGGCCUCAGAACGGAUCAGACUGUGGUCCCAUCGCCUGCCAGGCCAUUUCACACAUAUGGAGACAUGGGUUCCACCUCAAUAGACAUGGUUACUGGCAGAAGCCACCCCUGCCCUGCUCACAUGUCACUAGGCUGGCCAUUGCAGAGUCAUUACAUGCUCACAUUAUUGCCUCCAUCCAAACAGUCGACCAUCUGCUCUCCAACUACCUUCCUGCAGCCAGUCGUUUCCUUGAUCAAGGAAUGCAGGACAUUUUCCAUGAACUGAAGACUCGGGUGGCUCCCACUCGCGGUGUCUUCCAAGAUCAUGAUCUGCGUAAAGUGAUUAACUUGAUCACCAGGGCUAUGAACACAUGUAACCGCUGUCUGACGGAUCGAGCCGCAGGCCUCAGCCUGGAUGACAUGGAUGGAACCCCCAAACUGACUGAUGCAAUAAAGAAAUUGCUCCCCAGGGCCAAACGGGUUGGCACUCUGCAAUCAGGAGGUAUGCUGAUGGAAGUGGUGAGGGAGACAAGAAUGGAGAUGCAUGAGAACCAAGGUGGCACACCAUCGUCUGAGGAAGAGCUGACAGUGCCAGGAAAGUCUACUCAAAAAAACCAAAAGGCUGCCAAAGGGGGAAUGCACCAAGCUACUCUGGGUCGAUUUCCUCGGCACACGCCCCCAGUGGAGCUGCCUCCAAGACCUACACUCAGGGGGCUUCGCAUUCCUUUUGAUUCAACCUUUGAUCAGUAUGAACAGGGACCUACUGCUGCAGGGCUCCUGCCCAUUCCUGAUACUGUGGAACAUUACCAGCCAGGCCUGGUCUACAUCGCUGACCAGAUCUUGCUUCAUGGCUGGGAGCACUUCCAUGACUAUGGCUGGCGACUCAUGCCAUCCUUUUACCAAACAUUUGACAUGACCGACCCAGUCCUGGUAGAGGCUCACUUAAUGCGACCAUAUCAACACCAUCAGGCUGCGGAUACUCUAGAUGAUCCUGCCUACACUCGGCGAGGUGAUCUUAUUCACUUUGAGAAUGAUAGCAUAGCCAUGGGCAUGGAAGACAUGGUGGCUGAGGCUCUCCAGCAAGAGGAUCCAAAUCUUUUCAUCACUGGCCUUGACACGCAAGAACGUUACAUCCGGGUGGACCUGGAGCAGAGCAGGCAAGAGGUUGAUCACUCAGAACUCACGAUUGCAUGUGACAUUGAUAGCUUUAUCUGGGUGGGGAGAGAGCCCCAAUUCAAAAAGUCAGUGGAAGUAUACACUGUGCCAAUGGUCCGUGAUCGCGCACCCAUCUUCAAAAGCAAUCAUGUCUACGUGAACCUGUUGGUACCUCCCAGUGAAGAAGACAGAAGCCCAAGGACAGAAUGGUUGGAGCAUCGUUUCUCUCUCAGUCAGAUUCCCCACCUCUAUUUUGGCAAGAUGGGUGGAGGUAGCACCCUGGUAAAUGUCUACUUAUUCUUCCCCCGUAUGGUGCACAAGGCUCCAUACUCUCGAUUCUGGGCAUCCGUCAUUCCUUAUCACGUUCAGUGCCGUUUCUGGGACCAAGUCUUGACCCCUGCAAUGCGAGAUUCUGUCGAUGCUGAGGAGCAUGCAUGGGCUGGACUGGAUCGGUCGCACGUGCACUUCAAGCAGGGUAAUAAGCGUACCACCACGCCCUCGUAUCCAUUAACCCCAAGGAAAUUUGAACGCCUGCUUGCAAGCAUGGCAGUCAUGGUUGAUGCUUUGAAUACAGUCAGUCCAGAGUUUGGAUCAUAUUUCUUUGUGCUGGAAAACAAGGGGUCUAAGGCUCAAUCUCGAACGAAGGUUACUUCCUCGAAUGAUGGAGCAACAGCUCGCACAGUCAAGGAUGCCUAUGCUGCCUGCCUGGAAGCAUUUGAUGGUCUCGACUGGGACUAUCUCUACCCAUAUGGAACGGACGGUAGGCCGGCCUACCGGGGUUUACGCACCUCCCAGUCAACAUUGAAACACCCGCCGGGACCCCCCUCCCCCCCUGCGGCCGCCUGCGGGCGCUUGUGUGCGGACGGCCUGCAACCCGCGACGGCAGGGGCUGGAAUCGCUCCCCUCUCUCUGCUCUUUGUUGCAGCACCCUAUUUCCACCCUUACCCUCCCAUUCAGCCUCCACCGAUCUCCCUUGCUGGCACGGACAUCGACGGUGGGGGCUGA